GUCACCGCUGAUGUGUGUCCUUCUGCCGGCAGAACACAAGCCUGAGCUAAGCCUGCAGAUGCAGGGCAUUGGACGGACUUUCAGUGGUUGAUUGUGUCUGGCGGUGAGGAUUACGGGGGCUGUGUUGAUGCCAAGAGCAUGACGUGAAAAGUUUUCGCUAUAACCAGACGAUCAUUGGGUCAAAGAAAAUGCUUCUAGUGGAGUUACAUCGCCCAUUGUGACAUUAUCAUCUUGCGACCCAUUCGAGUCUAUUGAACCUAGCAUCUUUUGAGUUCAAUCCUUCAACUUUCAAGGGCUUGUCGUAACCCGUGACACCCAUGUGCCCCUCCUGGCAUGCAGCCUGAGGCACCUACCAACUUCCACCAGAAGCGGUCUAGCUCCUUCGGACGUUCACCAAUCAACUUCGUUAUCAAAAAAAGAACUGCUCUGAAUCGACAUCAUUUCCAACGGAAUGAGAUAGCGAUCGGACCCUGCAUAUCCGCGGGGUGAUCCUUCUCAUUUCUACCCUGGUCAAGUAUGUGGGGAAUUAAAGACCCAGAAAGGAAGCUAGUGGUGAAGAUUGACUUCUUCAUUCUAUCGUUCUGCUGCGUGACAUAUUUCUUCAACUACUUAGACCGCUCCAAUCUAUCCAAUGCCUAUGUCUCGGGCAUGAAAGAGGAGUUGUCCUUCCAUGGCAACCAACUCAAUGUGAUCAAUACCGUCUUUACGGUGGGAUACAUCAUAGGCCAGGUCCCAUCCAACUUGGCCUUGACAUACUUCCGCCCGCGGAUCUUCUUUCCCGCCAUGGUCCUGUUUUGGGGUGCUUUGACUAUGGUGACGGCAGCAGUACAUAAUCCCCAGGGAAUCAUGGCCAUUCGAUUCUUCCUUGGACUGGCCGAAGCGAGCACCUUCUCGGGAACUCAUUAUAUUCUCGGUUCAUGGUAUACUGAGCGGGAACUCGGCAAACGCAGCGGCAUCUUUACAGCCUCGGGGCUGGCAGGAACAAUGUUCGGUGGGUUUAUUCAAACCGGCAUUCAUUCCUCCCUGGAUGGUGUCAGGGGCCUAUCCGGGUGGCGAUGGCUCUUUAUCAUAGAUGGCUUAAUCACCCUGCCCAUAGCCAUCUAUGGCCUACUAUUAUUCCCCGAUACGCCCACCACCACAACAGCUCCCUACCUAACAGCAGCAGAAAAGGAGCUGGCAGUGUCACGUCUGCCCACAGUCAAUGCCAACCGUGCACCCGUGAACCGUGCCUUCCUCAAACGACUCUUCACCACAUGGUACUGGUGGGGAUUCGUCAUCCUAUGGGUCAUCGCCGGAGAGACGGAAUCCUUCUCCUCGAACUCUCUCUUAGCUUUGUAUAUGAAAGCCCACCCUACCAUCCACUAUUCGGUGUCCCAGUUAAACAAUUACCCGACGGGUGUCCCAGCCGUCGGCAUCGUCUCGACUCUCUUCUGGGCGACACUCACAGAUAUCCUCCAAGGAAAGCGAUACCUAGUGAGCUACUUCAUCGGCAUCACCGGUGUAGUUACUUCUGUCUUGAUCCUGACCCGCUUCGACUCAACAGCAACCGUGUUUGGGGCGUACUACUGGGCCGGAGCCGUGUAUGCAUGCCAGGCUACGUUCUUCGCCUGGUGUAAUGAUGCGAUGCGAUCGCAAGAUGCACGACAGCGGUCCGUGGUGAUCGCCAGCAUGAAUAUGGGCAAUAAUGCUGUCAAUGCCUGGUGGAGUAUUAUUUUCUAUUCGGCGAAUCUAGCGCCACGGUUCACGCGGGGAAUGUGGGCGAUGAUCGGGUGCUCGAUUGCGUUGGUUCUCUGGACGACGGGGAUUGUAUGGAGGACAGCCAAGGAGGAGAGACAAGCGGUUAGGAUAGAAGAGCCAGAGAGGGUGGGCAUUAAGGACAAUUGAAGACCCAAUUGUUUCACUCAAUAUAAGAUACCGUUCAUCGUGCGAACAUAAAUCUA